UACUAAUAUAAACCGCGCAGUAUAGCAGCGGCCCGUAUUGCAUUUUUGAUGUGUCUAGUUCCUGCAAGCGAAUGAAGAAUUAACAAGUGUAGUGAAGAAGACUCAAAGAGAGUCUUUUGGGGGUUUUGUUCUGAAGAAGAAUCAGCAUCUCUACUUUGCAGCUCAUCGAUUUUAUCGUCAUCAGGUAACCUAGGACUGCACAAUCAUUCACUGAAACACUGAUGGAACUUCCUCCUACUUCAUCUUUUGGAUUGUCAUCAGAGUCCGUGGAACAAAGUGGGAAGCUGAUGGCAAACACAAAUGCGAAAGCACUAGCAACUUUCUCCCUGCAAAGCCCAAAUUCUUCACAGGGACCAGUGGCAAUUCUUUGGGACAUUGAGAACUGUCCUGUUCCAAGUGAUGUACGGCCUGAGGAUGUGGCUGGCAACAUCAGAAUGACUCUGCGGGUCCAUCCUGUGAUCAAAGGAGCAGUUACACUGUUUUCUGCCUAUGGAGAUUUUAAUGCUUUCCCGAGACGGUUAAGAGAGGGAUGCCAGAGAACUGGUGUUAAACUUGUAGAUGUCCCCAAUGGCAGAAAGGAUGCAGCUGACAAGGCCAUCUUGGUUGACAUGUUUCUUUUUGCUCUUGACAAUCCUCCACCCUCGUCCAUUAUGCUAAUAUCAGGAGAUGUCGAUUUUGCUCCUGCACUUCACAUUCUUGGUCAACGUGGAUACACUGUAAUCCUUGUCAUUCCUUCAGGGGUUGGAGUUUCGUCUGCUCUAUGUAAUGCAGGGAGGUUUGUAUGGGACUGGCCAAGUGUCGUUCGAGGCGAAGGUUUUGUGCCUCCUGCAAAGGCCUUAAUGCCUUGUCGUGGUGGUGUGUCAGACAUCACUGGGAUUCUAAUGGGGUGUUGCCAGAUUAAUGACAACCCAGAUGGUCAGCAGGAAGAUGAAGCAAUACUGUAUAGGGGCCUCUCACAGAGCUACUAUAAUGCAAGGGAAUUCUCAAUGAUAUCACAUUCUCUGUCUGAAUAUAAUACCACUGCAAUUUCCAUGCCAUGUUAUCCUACGGGUAUGAGAACUCAUAGCCUUCCUUCUGGUUUAAAUGAAGUUUCAGCUGGAGGUUCAUCUUCACAUGAGCAGAGUGACUUGACAUGGGUGCAGCCUGGGGAUAUAAAUGGUUUGAAGGGGCAGUUGGUGAAGUUGCUUGAAUUAUCUGGCGGCUGCUUGCCUCUUACACGUGUUCCUGCAGAAUACCAGAAAAUUUACGGGAGGCCUCUUUACAUUUCAGAAUAUGGUGCAGCUAAGCUCGUGAAUCUUCUCAAGAAGAUGAGUGAUGCAAUUUCUGUCGGGGGGAAAGGCCAAAAGAAGUUUGUCUACCUACAUAAUUCAUGUGGUGUACCAAGUGCUCCCCCAAUAACUAUAUUAAAAAGAGAUAACAAAGGAAAAGGAACACAAGAGGGAAAUGCCGAUGUUGUGACUGGGGUUGGAUCUUCAGAUGAGUUCUCUGAUGAUGAAAGAGGACCCAUAAAAGAGCAUGGGGGGAGCUGUGAGAAAUCUAAUAUGGUUGAAAAAAGCCUUGAAAAUUUCAAGUAUGAACUUCAAGAGAUACUUGUUAGCUACUCUUGUCGGAUUUUUCUUGGUUGUUUUGACGCAAUAUAUCAACAAAGGUACAAGAGGCAAUUAGACUACGAGAGCUUUGGAGUGGUUGAACUUGAGCAGCUACUAGCAAAAGUGAAAGAUAUAGUGAUUGUGCAAGAGGAACCCGUUAGUAAGAGGAAGUUUCUGGCUGCUGUUGGUGCCUAGAAGUGUUUAUCAUUUAUUUCUUGACUAUUUACUAUCUUAACUUCCUCGGGACUUAUGCUGAGGUAUUUGUUGUUGCUACUUUGUCCUUGUCAUUUUUUUUGUUUUCUUUUCAGAAUGACAAAGAAAAGCUGAAGUCAUGUUUGUCAUUUCUUCUUCAUCAUGACUUAGUUUGUUCUAUAAUGUCAGAAGUUCCUGUGUAACACCAGAACAACGGGGGAUCUCUGUGUAUAUUUGUCUCUUGUUGCUUUCAUCUUAAUACAUGCUAGUAAGUGUAAAUUAUUCAAGCUAGUUUGUGCAGGUGUUCUUUUUCCUCAUCAAGGUACAUAUCAGUAAUGGGCAAGAUUCACUUUUUUAUGGAUUCUUCUUUUUGCUGUAUAUAAGUUGGAUCUGAAUUCUGCUUCUAAAUUCAGUGAGAUGCCUAUCUCUUCCCCAUAUUUACCCAAGUCUAUGAAUUAGUCAAGGUUUUCCGUAAGUGUAUUUGCUUUGGGAAAACAUUCUAUAGCUCAUCUCAUAGUUUUUCAAAACUCUUUGCUGCAAAGAGACUAUUAUUAAAGGUUCCGGCUGUCCGAUUUUGAAACCUUUGGGCAAACUGAGUUGGCUUCAACUUAACUAUGGUUAGGCUUCUAUUCUCAUUUUAGUUCAAGAGUUUUUCUUAAACAUAUUAUUUUUGUUAUAUUUUUUAGACAGAAGAGAAGGAUAUCUUACCAGUUUGAUUGAGUCAAUUUGGUGGGAGUAGUGAAUGUCUACCCUUUUGUCAAGGCUCUUAAGCUUAGCCAGGGGAAAAGAGACUAGAACCGUAUCUAGUUUGCUCCUAAGUUUUUUUGGUAAUAUUUUAAGUAACUUAUCAGUCUAUAUGCUGACACUUACUGAAAUUAUUUUCUUGCUAGUAUGGGGAUCUAGUUGCAUUUAGCUGCGUCUCUCAGGUAUUUGCCAUAUGUUGAAAAUUCAAAAUGGAGAUAUCUAAUCAAUUUGCAACAUUUCGAGGCAUAUUAAUCUAUAUUUCCAUAUUGUUUGUUAAUUUGAUUGCUGAGCACUAUGAAAGGACAAUUGUGGAUGUAUUCACCUGUUAAGGAGAGAAGCAGCUUCCAUGACAGGAAGCAUUGCAUGCUGGCCGUGUGUCUGAAUUACAGCUGCAUGCUAAAUUUAUACGUCCCGGCAUAAGCUAUUACUAAUGUGAAAUUCUUAGUGUCAUUAUUUAGUUUUUUCUCAGUUACAUCCAGGUUGAGUAAUCCUAAUACUAAUGUGAGAUUUUCUUUGCGUUACUUUUUAGUGCUGCUUUCUUAGUUAGCAUCUAACAAUGUCAUCUUAUCUGUCAUGGCAUUUCCAGCUUAAGCCUUGUCGCAUUGGAGGGAUGUUGAAGUUAGAGAAGGCCCUUUCUCCUUGCAAAAGCUCCCACGAUGGUGUCAAUUAUGGCAGUCCAGUGUUUCGAAAGUCGAAUCAUUUUUGUCACUUCUUUCAGUUUGUUUAUGGUUUGUGUACCAAUUUGAAGCUCCUGCAGAAGUCUGAUGGGCGAAGAUAAUAAACUUCUGGUUGGUUAACAAGGGAUAAAAGAUACAGGUCCCAAGUGAUCGGUAGCCUUAUUUUACUGUUAUCCGAAAUGAACUUCAAGUGUAAGUUGGGCAGCCAUAAAGGAUUGAAUCUGGUCGUGUGAACAUCUAAAUUGGUGGAGAUAUGCAACAAGCAUGACCAUGACAAGACUUAGUUGGGUCUCAGCAGCAAUAGCAUAUGGUCGUAGGGUCCAUAUGAUCAUGUCAUAUACAGUAACUUGAAAAUCGGUCAAGGACUUGAGUCGUAUGAUUGCAUGCGCUUUGAUGUUGCUCCUUGAGGUGUAUUUUUGUCAUGAAACUCCCAACUGUUCUCAUCAUUUGGAUUGUUUCAUUCUGCAGAAAAUGGUGGCAAUAGUUUAAUCACAUACUUUGGAUAUCAAGCUAGAUGAGGGCUAGGAGCACUCGCUCUAUGUAAUAGAUGCUUUUACCACAUGCAGAAGCAUCACAGAAGAGGGUUCUGAAUUCCAAAAGGUUCUGUUUUUUCAAGGAAUGUUGCUUUAACAGCUUCUGUUGCUGAUUGUUAGUGUUAAAGCUUGGAGCUAUUUGUUUGCUUCUGUGUGGAACAUUUGUUUCUGUAAGGCAGAUGAUGCUGUAUAAUUGACUGGAAGGAUUGUUGUAUCUCCCUUGCAGAUGUUCAUUUGUCAGCGAAUUGUCAUAUGGUCUGUAUUUCUUGAAUGUUAAUUAAACUGGUCUUCUUCUCUCCUCCCAUUGCAAGUUUAUUAUGUAUAAAUUAUGCAAUUCCCCUCCUUGUUCAGGCAAAGCCUUGAUCAACUUUUUUCUUAUGAUACUUGUGGCAUCUUUGUUUUGCUGCA